AUGCUCGACCUAUACCUGGUCAAGGAUAGUAAGGGCGUUGCUGUCUCUUUACGGGCGGCCAUCAUUCAUAUCUCCCCCAUGUCUCAUGCCAAGAGGGGCAACCCGCACUACUAUAUUCCCCUAGGCGUGUUGGCCGAUACGGUCAUCGAAGCUAUGGUCGAAUUCUCCGGUUCCUCCGUACCCGUCCCGCAACUCGACCGGGUUCUCAACUCCUUUACCCCCACCUCCGGCUCGGCCGACCCCCGGUGGCUCACGAAGACUCUCGUCCAGUGCCGAAGGCAAGAGAAGGAGAGCCGCCGUGUCUAUACCCGUGACGAUCUGCCUCCAGAUGUCCUUCGACUCGCCGACUCCGCCGACCUAUUCACCCCACUCGCUGGCGAGGAAAAACGAACCCCCGUCUUGACACAUUGCAGUCCAAGAGGCCAUGCGGGCAUGAGCGAAGACAAGAAGGAGCAUCACCAGGCGAAUCUGAAGCUGGCGAGAGCAAGACGGACGCCAGCGCAGAAGGCAGAGGCCGCGACCAAGAGUGCGGCUACUCCGGCUGCCGCGGGUGGCGCAGCGGCUGGCGCAGCGGCUCGCGCAGACGCCAUCGCUCAACUGUCGGAACACGACCAAGCUUGGCGCCUCCUCCCCAAGGAAUUGAAGCCACCCUCCUCGCACUCUUUCGUCUCGUAUCAAAUCUCCCAACACUCGACGUUCCCCAAGUACCGGAUUGAUCUCCAGGAUGUGGUCUUUUACCCCUCCGAACCCGUCAUCAGUCCCGUUCUUGGUCGAGUCUGCAGCGCAGAUACAUGGGCGAUUGUAGCGAGCAAUCUCCUUUCCGCAUAUAACAACUCGAUCAGUACCAAGAAAUACACCACUCCCGAUACACUCGAGACCGAGCCAUUCUACUGUCAAGAACGGGAUCUACUCUUCCUAUCCACCUGCGUCCGAACCCCAGACAACUCAUUCAAGUUGAGCUCGUCCAACCUCUUGUGCCCCGCUUGCAAAGGUGGGGAUAUGGGAGCAGGCAAGGCGAAAAGAGCAAAGGCUGCCCCUCUGAAGCCCUGUCAGGCCUGCGGGCCGGUCCUCGCCUUCCAAAGAAUACUGCAUCCGAAGAAAGACUACUCAGUCGCCAGCCGGCGGGGUCCAUGUGCGCAUCUCUCAACCAAGAUGCCUUUUCUCAACUUUUGCAUUGUAGACCGCACAUCUGUCCCUCCUCUCAGCUCCACGGUCCAAGCCAACUGUCCCGCCGAAUACGCCUACCAUCCCGUCGCAGUCCGUCUCCGUCAAGAAUUACGGACAGCCAAUAUCAUCCAGACCAAAAAGGCCAAAAUACUCGACGAAAUCUUGCUCAUGACACUUGCCGGUCUCGCUGACCCCACCAUAUCUGCAGAAGACGCGGCCGAAUACUUUGAAGAUGUGUAA